AUGCACAGUGCACGAUCUUCUCAGACUUUUACAUCACAGCAACUACCAUCGGAAGAAUCAGUGGUAGCAUCGAUGCUGCACCAAUUUAAUCAAGAUAUUUCAUUAAGACAAGGCAUGCGUGAGCAGCGUGAAUUGCUAAAUGUAAACGAAUCUUCAGAAGUAGAACUGUCGUUUAUUCCGAGUCAAUUUUUAUUCCUUCCUCAUAGUAAUUUUAGUAGAGCUGUCAUUACUGUUUUGAGGCAAAAUAUGACAAAUCGUUCUGUUUAUGAAAAUUUAUUGGCAUUUGAUGAUUAUAUCUUAUUUUCACUUCCACGUAAUGAAACGCUAUCUUAA